GUUUAUGCUUAUGAGUCUGCAGCGGACUUUUGGGUCUGCGUCUUCUUGGGAUCUGAAGGACUCUAGUGAUUAUUAUGCCCAAUUACUCUAUGACAACUCUUUCCCACACUAAACUUAUUUAAACGGCUUAUGAUUCAUCCAGUUUAAAUUCGAAAUGUCAGUUAGGAGGUAUACUGAUCCUGUAUAUCUCCAGUUUGUGUGGAAUGCAAUUGAAGCAUGCUCAAGAGAUUCCAUCGAAUCUUCUUUUCACGAGUUGUUGUCCUUUAUUCAAAGAGAAUGUGAUUCUAGAUGCACUGCAGGAAAACUGCAAAAUGAACUCUCAAAUGCUAUAAGCGAUGGUUGUAUAGAGUGUAACCAACGCUGUUAUGUGAAACGCGAUCCAAUGCCCAAAAUGAAGGAUAAGCAUGAUUGGUAUUGCUUUGAAUGUCACGGACCAGGUCAUGUUGUAUCUUGUCCAACUUGUUUCAGAGUAUACCACCCCGAUUGCUUGCCAGUUGCCUUAUCAUCACAACUGUCCUCUGUUAUACCGUGUGAAUCUGGUGGAUCCGAAGCCGAUUCAAAUAUGUCUAGUGGAUUCCCACCUACUAGCCCAUGUCCUGUUUGCCAGCGAUUGUCGCGAGCAUCUAAUAUAUCAAAUCCUAGCACCCCAUCGGAGUUACAUAAAAUCUUCCAGGUUGUCCUUGAUCGGAUCCGCAACAAAGUCAAUUGGAAAACUAUGCAGGUUGUUGGUUACCUAAACGAACCUUUACGAAAUAACUACCUCGUAUUACGGCAAAUUAAUACUCGUCUUAUAACCGAACGUAUGCGAGCAGAUCCAUCAUCUAAAGAUUGUUAUCCUAACCGAACCUCCCUUCUGAUUGAUGUGGAUUUACUAAUUCACAACACCGCCAUUUUUUACGGUUCUAAAAACGAUAUGAGCAAUAUGGCUCGACAGAUACGAUCUCAGCUAGAACGAGAAUUGCGAGAAUCAUCUUUUUGCAUAGAUUGUUACUUGCGUCUUCACUCAGCAUCAGUAAAUAAGUUAACAGCACCUUGUCGAGUCGCUCAUCGUCUCCUUUGGUUCCAACACAAUGGGUGGUCCUUUCGCCCUUGCAAAAUGUUAUAUAAGAGUACGGAGGGCUACGAAGUAGUUUGCUUUGGUGGACGACAUGAGAGAGUUUUUGUUCCACUGGCGAGAGCAUUUGAUAUGAAUUUUACAGCAGAUGAACUUGGUUUACGAGAAACACCACCUUUGAAAAAAGCACUGAAUGAAGCUGAAGAGUACAAAACAAACCAAGCUAUUUUUGAUCAGCAAAUGAAGAAUUAUUCCGAUCAUCUGCCAAAUAAGAUGCUGGCUGAACCCAUCUCGAUAGAUUCGAUAAGAAACAAUCUAAUCAGUGAGUCUAUAUCUAAUGGAACAUUCCUGAAAAAUGCUACUUCCCCGCCUUUAAGAAAGAAAAGACCUGGUAGGCGUCCACUAUCUACUAGAUCCCACAAUGAUGAUUUCAACGUAUCGCCUGAAAUGCAGGUUUUCAAAUCUCGUAAAUCCACCGGAGCGAAUUCACCUAUGUGGUGUCCUGUGUCACAGCAUUCUACAUCUCGACGUGACUCACAUUGGUCAGAUACUAUGAAGAAUGUUACUGAAGAUAACUUAACUUCCUUAUCGUCACUGAACAGUGACAGUGAUGGUCCGGAAACCAAGUGCCGCAUUUCAGAGCCUACUCCUGAGAAUCCAAGUGUAAAUAAAUCGUCUAUGAAACUAUCGAUACCUAUCCUACCUACUCCAACAAAAAGAAAGUCACAUAAAAGAAAGCGAUGCAACGAAGCACACUCAAGACCUAGUUUCUCCAACGGCACAUCAGCUGUCCCUCCGAGCUGUGACUCUAGUUCAUCCGAGCUUUCAACAGCGUCUUUUGCGGCUAAAACACAACGGACUAUACGCAUUAAGCCGUUGCCUUUUAGAAGUGAAAACAACGACAUUCCUCUUUCUGUGAAGGAAACCAAUCAGUCUCUCCCUCGAUUGACCUGUGUUGACAGUCAUGUCGUGCGUACAGAACCUGUACACAGCAUGUCCUCCUCAUCCUCUGCUGCAUCUGGUCCUUCAUCGGACCGUACAACUGUCCCUGCCCUUGCCUCUUCUGGUGGCCAUACCCCUCCUGAUUCAUCAGCUUUUUCGGCCUCUUCAACAUAUUCUGAUUUUUCCAAGAAAUCACGUGGACGUCCGCCUAAGACUUAUAAAUCUACCAAGUCCUCUUUGCCUUCAGCGAGCGCCAAAUCUGCUACCGAAAAUUCCGAUGAUUGUCCUUCCACCCCGUUACUGUUAUCUACAAGAAAUACCUAUGAACCCCCAGCUAAUAACAAGCAUAGUAUUCUUACAAUACCGAUAAGUUCUCCUAUCCGUUCAGAUAGGUUAACCGUUGCAGAUGAAGAUAAACAACAUCCAGUGUGUUCUUUAUCGCCGCCUUCAUCCUUAUCAGAUGCAGAGUCGGAUUUGUCUUCUCUUUCUUCUUCAUCCUCCACCGUUUCAUCAUCAUCUCAGUUGUCUUCUUCUUCGUUGUCUUCAACAUCCACACUUUCAUCUCCUGCUCUACGGUUAUCUUUCUCUACACUAAAACCAAAGAUAAAUGACGAACUGUCGACCACUCGAGUCAAACAAAAGUCGUCAAAAGACAUCUUAACACCUUUCCAAAGUCAGUUAACUCUCAAAACACGUGAUAAUAAGGAAGGGACAAAAGAAGCUGAUAGUAGUCAACACGUUCCCAAAUUAACUAAAUCGAUUAAGUCGUCUCGCCAUAACUUGGAAAUGAAGGGACAUUUCCGACCGUCUUCGCGAUCUACUGCUAUAAAUACUUUCAAAAAUACAGAUUUGAAUAAUGACUACCAGGAUGAAGACGUCGGAUUUUGUAUGGCUUCUCCGGAAAAGAGUCUAAAACCUGAAAAGCUAACCGGGAUUCUGCGCAUUCCUGGAGAUGGUAGUAAUUCUGUUGACAAUAAAUCUCUGGGUUCCUCGGCACCCAACUCAUCCGUCAAAAAUUUCGCUUUUGAUAGCCCUAAUACCAAACUCAAUUCUAAAACCGUUCAUCCUUCUGGCUGGUCUAGUGGGACGAAAAUAUUGUCUACAUUUAAUGAUCAGCCAUCUGCAGCGCCUCAGCUUACUCAUCCAACUGGAGCAAAUGUCUCCACCGGUCCAACUCCUCCUUCGAACUCUUCAGCAUCUUCUUCAUGUUACUCUUCAGUGUCACCAGCUGCUCUUUCAUCUACGUCUGGUUUAGGCUCUAGUUUAAGCGAUCCGAAAUCAGUAGAUGCAUCACCUGGUGAAGUGGCAACUAUGCUAGGGAAUGCACCUUUUUCUUGCUCAUCAGGCAAUGGCAGUGGACUGGUUGCUCAUUUGCAGUCUGAUAGCAAUAUGAUAAAAGCUGAGGAACGAAUUCAUCGGAUAUAUGCUGAUCGACUUAUUGCCUUGACAACUGAGAGAGAUCAAGCUCGGGAGGAAGUUCAUCGACGCGACAUUUUAAUCUCUGAACUUCGUCGUGCACAUGAAGCUGAGAUUAAACGAGUUAAACAACGAACAUGGUGUCAAGUGUGUUUAAAUGAGGCAUUCUACCACUGUUGUCCCGGGACGGCAUACUGUUCUGAAACAUGCCAGUUUGAACACUGGACAGCUCAGCAUAAUCGCGAUUGCCGUCGUCGAACAGAGUCACAACAGCAACAACAAAUUCGUAGCUAGCAUAUUAUAGACCAAGUAUAUAUAUAUACUCUUCAACUCAGUUUCAUUCCCUUCAACCCCAUUUCUAGUCGUUCUCAACUUACUUUUAAGAAUUAAGUUUUUUAAAGUUUGGCAGCCGUAUUAGGGAUGGAAGAAUCAAUUUUAUCCUAUUAUUAUUAUUAUUCGCGUCAGAGUCUCUUGGACUGUUGAGCGCCGCUCAAUCACAUCGUUUUCGCUCCAUAGUAUGUUUGAUAGUGUAUAGUCUUUCUUUAUCUCAUGAUGGUAUUGUGAUAAUAACGCGUUCUUGGUAUUUUAUCAUUAUUGUAAGUAGAACUAAUGAUACUAAAACUCGUAAUCAUGAGCUUUAUCAUAACUAUUCUUUCUUGACAGACCUAGGAUUGCACUUAACCCAGGAGCCAAUAAAUUUAUUUCAUUACUGAUACUUCUAGAUAGAUUUAAUAUUUCUUUCUUAAACUGAUCAUUUGCAGAUUGGUGGAUUUUCAUUAGUUCACUGCAAUUAUUAACUUCGUUUAUGACAUUAGUGCUGUGAAGCGCAAGUAACAUGUAUCUUGUAUCGCACUCCUUCAAUACUCUUGUCUGAUAUUUAUGUUUUGUUGCGCUCAUUUAAGUAUAUUUGUUUUGUUGUUACUUUAACAUUCUUCAGUGUGUUUGAUAGUCCACACGCACAAAUACACAAUCGUAUAUGUAUGCAUAGAUAUACACAUGUAAAUCAAUCCCCUGUUUUUGUUUAUUUUUCUAUAUCUUUUCAUUUUUGUCUGUGAUUCAUACUAUCUGAUCUUUGUUUCUCCUGUCUUGUUUUCCCUUUCAUACUACUUCGUUAAAAAUUAAUCUAUUGUACAUGUACAUACGUCUCACUUAAUGUUGUUUUGCAACAAAUCGAAGAUGCUUAUUAAAUUAGCAAUUUAAUAGCUGUAGUUAUGUAUUAGUUACGAUAACUCAUUUAGAUCUAAGCUCUCGUCUUCUGCUUGCUUAUAAAAAUCUCUCAUUUUUGCGUAAUAUUUUAAAACAGUGUAUUAGUAUUUUUCAAAUGAUUAUUAUUUUGUCCUAAGAAUCCUUUUUCUUUUGUUGGAGUAUAUUCCUGCAUUGCUUGUCUUGUUAAAAAUUGCUGUUAAUAGGAGGUCGGAAUUCUUACGUAUCUAUAAACGGGAACGCACACACACAGUUCGUUCAUCCAUAUGUAUAUGGAUAAGGAUGUAGUGGCAGAAAAAUUUAAUAAGACAUAUAUAUAUAUAUAUAUAUAUAUAUAUAUAUAUAUAUAUAUAUAUAUAUAUAUGCAAAUUUUAGCAACAUGGAUUCAUAACCUGUCUUAUCUCUAAAUCUAUAUAGCAGCAGUUACCCAUAUAGUAUAAUAAAUAAUAUAUGUUUUCAAAAUACUUCAUAAUAAUUCGUUUUGUACUAGAAGCAAAUAAUUAAUUGUUUUUCUUUUCUCUUCUAUUUGUACAGAAACAGUUGUAAAUUUUCCUUAUUGUUUUUUGUAUACUUGUAUGUAUUUUUUUGUUGUUAUUGUCAUUUGUUAAGCGUUAUGUUUUAUCCUAAAGUUAACCGCUUUUCGAAUUUAAUGGUAGUCUACUCUGAUAUAAAUGAUUAUGCACAAUCGGAGUGUUUUGAAACCCCUGUUUCAAAUUGAUAAGGUGAUAUCUUACUGGGUACUCAGUAUAAAAUAGGUUGCAGUAUAGUUACAUUUUUUUCGUUUCAAGUCUCGCUGAAUUUGUGAUUAUUUAUAUAUAUAAAGUGCUUUCAUUCAACUAUUGUUAUUAUUUCACCGAUUGUAAGUCUCAAAGAUGUUUUUUAAGGAUUUAUCUUGGUGUCUACACACACCCACCGUGUGUGUUCAACUUGAUCAUGCGUUUUUCCUCACGUAAAUUUCCCAAACUUUAUUGCUACGUAACUUGAUUUCAAAUCCAUUUCCGUAAAUAGUCGAUAUGUGAGAAGCCAAUAUUAUUUCUUCGCUAUUACUUAAUUCUGUUUCUUCAUACUGUAAUGUGCAUUCUCUUUUCAUUUUGUUAUGGUUGGUUUCAGUGCAACCACCAGCAAAGUAAGUUUAGUUUUUUUUUAUAUGGCAGUGUACAUGUACAUUUCGCAAUUUCGUUAUUGCACAUGUUAAUUUAAAAUAUUAAGUGUUCUUUCUAA